CCCUCCCGGUCAGGUGGACCCCGCGGGGCAAAGUCUGCGGGUCGGGGUCGGCGCGACGGGCCCGCAGCGGGAUGGGCGCGCUGGGCCGGGCGCUGCUGUGGCUGCAGCUGUGCGCGAUGACCCGCGCGGCCUACAAACUCUGGGUCCCCAACACCAACUUCGAAGUGACCACCAACUGGAGCCAGAACCGGACGCCGUGCGCAGGCGCUGCCGUCGUGUUCCCGGCAGACAAGAUGGUGUCAGUCCUGGUGCGAGAAGGUCACAGCAUCUCCGACAUGCAUCGUCCAGGACCUCUCCCCCUAUGCUAUGCACGAGUGACAAAAGUGGGCCUCUGUGCCUGGUUCCAAUGGGAGAGAGAAGGCAUUGUCUCAUUUCUCAUUGACUCUCCCGGCCCAGCGCCCCCCUCCAACCCCAACCCCAACCCCAACCCGGAAGAGGCCGUGGCCCGAGUGUCACCCUGCCCCAAACUCUCCACGCGCCCAGGUCUCAGGCGGGGUCUUGCUCCUCGGUCUGCAGUCCCGCUCCCUGGGACUUAUUUGAACCUCGGCAGUUACGGGCCGCCCCAGCCCCUGACCUCACCCGCCCGCUCCGCGGUCUGCACUCCCUCCCCCGGGGUCGCGGAGGGGGGACGGGUCCCGGUGGGGCCAGCCGGCUUCGGCGCGGCGGACGCUGGCAGGGACCCGGACUGCGGCGCAGCCGCCCCCGCGCUCUUCCUCGACCCCGACCGCUUCUCGUGGCACGACCCGCGCCUGUGGCGCUCCGGGGGCGCGGCGCGCGGCCUCUUCUCCGUGGACGCCGAGCGCGUGCCCUGCCGCCACGACGACGUCGUCUUCCCGCCCGACGCCUCCUUCCGGGUGGGCCUCGGCCCCGGCGUCGGGCCCGUGCGCGUCCGCAGCGUCUGGGCUCUGGGCCAGACGUUCACGCGCGACGAGGACCUGGCUGCGUUCCUGGCGUCCCCCGCCGGCCGCCUGCGCUUCCACGGGCCGGGCGCUCUGAGCGUGGGUGCCGAGGCCUGCGCCGACCCGUCGGGCUGCGUCUGUGGCAACGCCGAGGUACAGCCGUGGAUCUGCGCCGCCCUGCUCCGGCCCCUGGGCGGUCGCUGUCCCCCGGCCGCCUGCCGUGACGCCCUCCGGCCCGAGGGGCAGUGCUGCGACCUCUGCGGAGCCAUCGUGUCGCUGACCCACGGCCCCACCUUUGACAUUGAGCGGUACCGGACGCGGCUGCUGCGAGGCUUCCUGCCCCAGUACCAGGGGCUGCAAAUGGCCGUGUCCAAGGUGCCGCGCCAGAACGCAGGCGCCGAGGCAGACACGGAGAUUCAGGUGGUGCUGGCAGAGACCGGGCCCGACGGGACGGGCGGCGCGGGGCGGCUGGCACGUGCCCUCCUGGCGGACGUCGCCGAGCACGGCGAAGGCCUGGGGGUCCUGUCCGCAGCAGUCCGGGAGUCGGGCGCGCCGGUCGGGGACGGCUCCGCAGCGGGACUGGAAGGUUCGGGAAUGCGCGCGGGGCUGGCAGGCGGCGUGGCGGCGGGGCUGCUCCUGCUGCUGCUGGCGCUGCUGGCGGGGGCGCUGUUGCUGCGUGGCGCUCGGAGCUUCAGGUGGAGUAGGCGCGACGAAGCGGCCCCAGCGCCCUUCGUGGCGCCCUUGGGCUUCUCCAACCCGGUGUUCGACGUGGCGGGCUCAGUGGAGCCGCCUUCCGCCCCACAGGUGGAAAGCAGCAGCGUCAGCCGCAGCUACUUCGUUAACCCUCUUUUUGCCGAGGCGGAGGCCUGAGCCCCCGUGUGACUGGCCAGCCCCCCUUCUGCCCUCCGCCGCCCCAUUUCGAGAAAUGUACGGGUCCAUGACAUUAAAAGAUCUCCGUUCCCUUUUCCACACUCCUUGUCCCCAGCCCCUGCAGACCAAGGACAGGGUGGCUUUGCCUAAUAAAGGGGUUUCUUGCACCUGCUA